AUGUACGUGUUCUAUUUUGGGCAGGUUUUUUUUUUUGUUUUAAGAGUUGUUUUACUGCUUGCUGUAUCAGAGAGGGCGUGUAGUUUUUGUGUUGCUCUGUGGCUACUGUUUGCAAAAUGUGCGUUUCCAGCAGCCCAGCUUCCACCGAGUCCCCCCGGGAGCUUCCUGCCUUCGAACCUUGUAAGAAAGAAGUUGCCUCUCUUCAUAAAGUCGCCAAAAACGAGCAGAAAGAUCCAGAUCCGGAAUAUUCCCCCCCACCUGCAGUGGGAGGUGCUGGAUGGCCUCUUAGCUCAAUAUGGGACGGUGGACAAUGUAGAACAAGUCAACACAGACACAGAAACAGCAGUUGUCAACGUAACAUAUGCAACUAAAGAAGAAGCAAAAGUAGCAAUUGAGAAGCUCAGCGGCCACCAGUUUGAGAACUAUUCCUUCAAGAUUUCCUACAUCCCGGAUGAAGAGGUGAGCUCCCCUCCGCCCCCUCAGCGAUCCCGCCGCGGGGGCCACUCUUCCAGGGAGCAGGGCUCCUCCCCGGGGGGCUCCUCACAGCCCAAACAGCUCGAUUUCCCACUGCGGAUGCUGGUGCCCACGCAGUUUGUUGGUGCGAUCAUAGGAAAGGAGGGCUUGACCAUAAAGAACCUUACUAAGCAAACCCAGUCCAAGGUUGACAUCCAUCGGAAAGAGAAUGCUGGUGCAGCUGAAAAGCCCAUCACCAUCCAUGCCACACCAGAAGGGUGCUCUGAAGCAUGUCGCAUGAUCCUUGAUAUCAUGCAGAAGGAGGCUGAUGAAACUAAAUCAGCAGAAGAGAUUCCCUUGAAAAUCCUAGCACACAACAGUCUGGUUGGGAGGUUGAUUGGCAAGGAGGGCCGAAACCUCAAGAAGAUUGAGCAAGACACGGGCACGAAGAUCACAAUCUCUCCUUUGCAGGAUUUAACCAUUUAUAACCCUGAGCGGACCAUCACGGUGAAAGGCAGCACGGAGGCAUGCUCAAAUGCAGAAGUGGAGAUCAUGAAGAAGUUGCGAGAGGCCUACGAGAACGACGUCGUGGCCGUCAAUCAACAAGCCAAUCUGAUUCCAGGCUUGAACCUCAGUGCUUUGGGGAUCUUCUCAACAGGGCUGUCCAUGCUGCCAUCUGCCACGGGGGCCCGAGGCGCUGCUGCUGCCGCUCCUUACCACCCAUUUGCAAUCCCAGAGCAGGAGGUUGUGAAUUUGUUCAUCCCAACGCAGGCCGUGGGGGCCAUUAUUGGGAAGAAGGGUCAACACAUUAAACAGCUCGCGAGAUUUGCUGGGGCCUCCAUCAAGGUAAGCAGAGCAUCAGGUGUCGCUUGGCCCUCAGGGCCCCCUCCAUGGCCGUGCCAUAGGGGUAGGAUGGUUGUCAUCACGGGGCCUCCCGAGGCUCAGUUCAAGGCCCAAGGGCGAAUAUUUGGGAAACUGAAAGAAGAAAACUUUUUUAACCCAAAAGAAGAGGUGAAGCUUGAAGCCCACAUCAAGGUGCCUUCCUUUGCAGCCGGCCGUGUGAUCGGCAAAGGUGGCAAAACGGUGAAUGAACUGCAAAACUUAACUAGUGCAGAAGUCAUUGUGCCACGAGACCAAACCCCAGAUGAGAAUGAGGAGGUCAUCGUUAAAAUCAUUGGGCAUUUCUUUGCCAGUCAGGUAAGGUUUUGAAAUGUCUUCUUUUAUAUUCCUAGCUAGUUGGAUCCUUGAAGGAAACCUGUCAGUCUCGCCAGCAGGCACCAAACAUAUAGCUCUGUGUGGGCAUCCUUGGUUGUACGUGAGCAUCUCUGUUUUUGAUGGCUCCCUCAAAUCCUGGAGGCAUUAAAGGUAUUUCAGCAGCUCUCCCCAG